AUGGUUCCAGGUAGUCUGGUUAGUCAACAUGACGACCUUGAAGACGGGGAGAUUGAGGAAGAGGAGUGUGUGGUCGAUCUCACUGAAGAAGACCUAAGUCUGACGUUACGGUCGCAGGUAGAAGCUGAAGUUAUCGAUCUUACAAUGGAAAAAGUGGAAAAAGGUUUAGAAGACUCUGGUGGUGAUGUUGUGUGCUUGGAAGAUUUGACGCUGAUAGAUGAAGAGGAAAUCACCAUAAUAGAAGUCGAAGAGGUAACUAACCUAUCCUAG